AGGCGGCGGGCGCUGGCCUAAGAUGGCGGCGCCGGGCGGGGGCGCGUGCUGCGGGGUCCUGGCCGCCGGGCUGUUCCGUAACCAGGUGGCCAUCGUGACCGGCGGCGGCACGGGCAUCGGCAAGGCCAUCGGCGCCGACCUGCUGGGCCUAGGUUGCAAUAUAGUUAUUGCCUCUCGUAAACUUGACAGAUUACAAGCUGCUGCAAAAGAGUUGGCUGCUAAAAUCUCUUCCUCAAAUCCAGUCAAAGUGACCCCCAUACAGUGCAACAUCCGCAGAGAAGAGGAGGUGGAAGCGUUGGUGAAAUCCACCCUGGAUCUGCAUGGCAGGAUCGAUUUUUUGGUGAACAAUGGAGGGGGCCAGUUCCCCAGUCCUGCUGAAGCCAUCAGUUCAAAGGGCUGGAAUGCUGUCAUUGAAACAAAUCUGACUGGGACCUUCUACUGCUGCAAGGCAGUGUACAAUGCUUGGAUGCGGGAGCACGGAGGAGCCAUUGUCAACAUUGUAGCUGACAUGUGGAAGGGGUUUCCUGGCAUGUCACAUACUGGAGCAGCAAGAGCUGCAGUGGAUAACCUAACCAAGAGUUUAGCCAUAGAGUGGGCCCACAGUGGAGUGAGAAUCAACUCUGUAGCCCCUGGAGUAAUAUUUUCAGAAACCGCUGUUGCAAACUAUAAAGAACUUGGUGAAGAAAUGUUUAAAAACUACAUACAAAAGAUUCCAGCCAAGAGACUGGGAAUUCCUGAGGAGGUCUCCCCUACAGUGUGUUUCCUGCUCUCUCCUGCUGCAUCCUUUAUAACUGGGGAAACUGUGAAGGUGGAUGCUGGUCAAAGCUUAUAUUCCUCCACUUGGGAAAUACCAGAUCAUAAUAGGUGGCCUUCAGCACCAGAAGGAGACAAUUCCAAAGCGCUCAGAAAGAUGCUUUCUGGCAAGACUGCAUCAAAGCUGUGAAGAAAUGAGACUCCACCCAAUCCCAGUGGAAAUGCUGACAACCUAACACUUACCUUUGCUUUAUAAUUCUAAGUGAAUUUGGGUUUCCUGUUCAUGAUGCAAACACAGUGGGGUGCCUUGAUCUUCAUAUAUUUGUAAGCUAGCCCAUGAAAUCCUUCUAUAGUGAAUAUUCUCCUCUGAAAACUCCCCCUGCCUUAGAAGUUUUGGGACCGAUCGAUUCGUUAUUACAUCAGCAUUCAACAGCUUCAACAUGAAAGCAGCAAUGAGGAAUCCCCAGUAGAUGUGGUCAAAAUUUUGCUCUAAAUCUAGUGAAUAAAAAGCCAGGAGAGGCAGGCACUCUCCAUCUUAGGCAGGAUAUUAGCAUAGGCAAUAUCAAAGUGAUUGAAAGAGAAAUGUCCAUAGCUUGUAAUGAGUGGGAAAUGACAGCUGAAGCCCUUAUCCUGGAUGAUUUUAGAAAGAAUGGAGUUUGAAUCUCUGGGGAAUGUUAGUUUCUGCACAGAACUAGCAUUCUGGGCUGUGUCAGUAACCUUUGAGUCAUCUGCUGGUUAUAUAGCACUUCUGCUACUCAGCUCAUAGCCUGGGCUGCCCAAGAACAAUUAUAAUGGCUAAUUAAAGUGCGCACACAGCUGAACUGCACUGGGAAUGAGGCAAUGCUAUCUGUGACCAUCACCUCAUGAUAAUAGUCAAUACUUCUGUAUCUUCAAAAUCAAUAAAACAUACUAAGUUGGUGACGUUGA